UAAGCCGCGACAGGCGCGCCUAUCUGCGGGUGCCCGGCCGCCGACUCGUGUUGCACGGGUCCGAGCAGGAGUGUCCCGGCCGGCCCGGCACGGCAUGACCUUCAACCACCCCGCCAUGAUGCAGUCUUGCUUCGUCGGAUACCCCUUCCAAGGUCAGGGUCGGGUUAACCAGCUGGGCGGCGUCUUCAUCAACGGCCGGCCGCUUCCGAACCACAUCCGGAUGAAGAUCGUGGAGAUGGCGGCGGCGGGGGUGCGGCCGUGCGUCAUCUCCCGCCAGCUGCGCGUCUCGCACGGAUGCGUCUCCAAGAUACUCAACAGAUACCAGGAGACGGGCAGCAUAAGGCCGGGCGUGAUCGGCGGCUCCAAGCCACGCGUCACCACUCCCGAGGUGGAGAACAAGAUCGCCGACUACAAGAAGGAGAACCCGGGCGUCUUCAGCUGGGAGAUCAGGGACAGAUUGGUAAAGGAAGGUCUGUGCGACAAGACGACUGCGCCCUCCGUGAGCGCCAUCUCCCGGCUGCUGCGCGGCCGCGACGACGACGAACCCGUCAAGAAGAAAGAGGAGGAGGAGCUCUCCAAAUCUGACGGCGUCUCUGACGAGGACGAGGAGACGGAGCCGGGGCUGGCGCUGAAGCGGAAACAGCGACGCUCGCGCACCACCUUCACUGCCUACCAGCUGGACGAGCUGGAGAAGGCGUUCGAGCGCACCCAGUACCCGGACAUAUACACCCGCGAGGAGCUGGCGCAACGCACCAAGCUCACUGAGGCGCGCAUACAGGUGUGGUUCAGUAACCGUCGCGCGCGGCUGCGCAAGAUGAUGACCAGCCCCGGCUCGGUGUCCAACUUCCCCGGCGUCGGCCUGCCCAUGUCGUACUCCUCCGGCACCGGCGUCUGGGGCCUCUCCGAGCAUCCCUUCUCCUCGCCCGCCACUCAGGACUCGGGCUCUCUCUACUCGGGCGUCUCAUCGUCGGUGGCGCCGCGUAUGUCGUCCACCGCGCAGGCCAUGUCCAACCCGGCCGGCUACGCGCAGAGCCUGGGCUCGUACGCGCCGCACCCGUUCAGCCCGUCAGGCCAGCCGCUCUCGAGCCCGGGCCUGCCGGCACCGAGCGCCACGGCCGCCGUGGGCCGCCACCGCUAG